AUAAAUAUAUAUGUGUUAAUUGUAAAUGUUUGAUUUAGAUCUUAUAUCAGGUAUAACAUUUAUAGAAUUACAAAAAAGGUAAAAAGUUUUCCUUUCUCUUUCUCAAAAAAGUUGCAAACUAAAAUUUUCAGAAACAUUGUGACAAGGCAAAAGCAACUUUAGAGAUGGAAUAAAUGAGAAGAUAAAAGUAGCCUUAAUCCAUCUUUUGAGAGGGAAUCUGGACUGCAUGCCUAUGUCAGCUACAUUUUCAUGGAUAAUUAGAUAAACUCAUCAUCCAAACAUGACCUAAGAUGGUGUCUACACCAUUAUGUUAUACAUAUGUGUGUGUGUGUAUAUAUAUGUAUAUAGGCACGUAUCAAACUUCACUCAUCAAAGUUUGUGUGUGUGUGUGUGAGAGAGAGAAGUAGUAGGUGUUGAGAAUGGGUGAGCAGCUGCAAAUAGUAGUAGCAGGGAAGAAUGUGGAGGCACAAUAUGUGGAGAUGAUGGUGCCUUUGUAUUCUUUUGGAUGUGAGAGGAAAAUUAAGAAUGCUUUGGCUAAUCUCAAAGGUAUAUAUUCAGUGAAGGUAGAUUUUGAGCAACAAAAGGUGACAGUGUGGGGAAUUUGCGACAAAUGCGACGUACUCUCCAAAGUGAAGAACAAGAGGAAAGGAGCACGCUUUUGGGAAUUGGAAGAUCAAAUAUCAGUUCAAGAGUCGCAUUUUGCUUCCGCGCCUUCGUCGCCACAACAUUCUUCACUUUCAAUUAAGAAGAAUUCUGCAAAAUAUUUGGCGAUCAUCAAACGUCAAUCCCUAAACUUGAGUCUAUCGAUGCUCAAGAGUCGAUCCAUGAAUUGGAGAGCUCUGAAAAAAGUGUUUGGUCGAUCAAACUCGUUUUAAUUAGAAAGGAAAAAUCGCAGCAAAAAAAAAUAUUAUGGCAUUUAUUAAUUUGAUUGGGUGCAACAAAAAUAGAGGUAAUUGCUCUGUCAUUGCAACGAUAUCAUGACAUUUAUUAGUUUGAUUUGGUGAGCCAAUUGCAUACUACAAAAAAUAAGCAAUAAAAUAGAAGUAAUUGUUCUGUCGUUACAGCAAUAUCAUGGCUUUUAUUAGUAUGAUUUGGUAAUGUACCAAAAAUAAGCAAUAAACUAGAGCUUAUGUAAUUAAUGGCUCUGUCACCGCAGCGA